AUGUCACUACAAGAUAAGGUAAUCCUUAUUACAGGGGGGUCGAAGGGCAUCGGCCGCUCCAUUGCCAUCAGCGUUGCAGCCCAAGGGGCAAAGGUCGUGAUUAACUACAACAGCGAUGUAUCCGCCGCCAACGAAGUUGUCGAGAUCAUUGGCCACGACCGUGCAAUUGCUGUGCGCGCUGAUAACUCCAAGUUAUCCGAACUGCAGAGACUUGUCGAUCUUACAGUCGAGAAGUUUGGUCGGAUUGACGUACUUAUUCCUAAUGCUGGCAUUAUGCGUAUGCGCACUGUUGAGACCACAACGGAAGCCGACUUUGACGACUUGUUCAAUACCAAUGUUAAAGGUCCUUACUUUUUGAUUCAGAAAGCCCUUGCUCACAUCCCUGAAGGCGGUCGGAUUAUCCUCCUCUCUUCGUCAGUCCUAAUGACGAGUUACCUUCCCCCACCAUAUCUUCUGUAUGCAACGACAAAGGGCAGCAUCGAUCAGAUGGCUAAGUUUAUAGCCAAGGAUGUCGCUAGGAAAGGCAUUACCGUGAACGCUGUUGCCCCUGGGCCUACUGGCACUGCUCUCUUUUACGAGGGUAGAUCAGAAGAAAUGGUUAAGGUUGCAAGUGAAAGUAGUCCUUUUAAAAGACUCGGAACACCGGAGGACAUUGCAUCUGUCAUUGUAUUCCUUGCAGGCAAGGACUCUAGCUGGAUCACAGGCCAGACCAUCCGCGUCAAUGGUGGAACAGCCUGA